UUUCGUUCCUGCCAGGCUGUGCCUAUCCUGCCACAUUAUAAAGUCUCAACGUCCCCAUUACCCUCUCUCCAUGAGCUAGCACAGACAUGUCUGACGCCGAGCACGGCAAAGCAGAAUCCUUGGCCUCUACGGACCACAAUGCUGCAAAGCAAGGCCCGCCUCGCCGGCGCCGAUUCUUGCUCGCUGGGUUGACCGCGUUGGCCGUCUUGGUCGUCGUUGGCCUUGCCGUUGGUCUGGGCGUUGGGCUGACUCUUCGCAACAAGAAUUCCGAUGACGGUGGAGAUAGCGACGAGUCGAAUGACCUUCCCGUCGUAAACAACAGCAGCACCAAUGCCUCCGCCUACUGGAGACCAGCGGUGGGCGUCACUUGGAAUUAUCAGCUGCUGGAUCCGCUCACUAGCACGUCCACUCAAGGCAUCCAAGUGUGGGACAUCGACCUGUUCAACAACGACGCCGACAUCAUCACCGGCUUGCAGUCCAACGGAGCGCACGUCGUCUGCUAUUUUUCGGCCGGUAGCUACGAGGACUGGCGGCCGGACAAGGGCGCCUUCGACGAGACGACCGACCUGGGGAAGCCACUGCAAGGGUGGGCUGGCGAGCGCUGGCUCAACACGUCCUCGCAAAACGUCCGCAAAAUCAUGCAGGCUCGCCUCGACAUGGCCGUGUCGAAACACUGCGACGGUGUCGACCCAGACAACAUCGACGCCUAUGCCAAUGCCAAUGGCCUCGGCAUGACGCAAGCCGAUGCAAUCGACUACGUGACCUUCCUCGCCGAGCAGGCGCACGCACGCAACCUAUCCGUCGGCCUCAAGAAUGCCGGCGCAAUCGUCCACAACGUCAUCGACAUUGUCGACUUCAGCGUCAACGAGCAGUGCACGCAGUACAGCGAAUGCGGCACCUACGCCCCGUUCAUCGAACAGGGCAAGCCCGUCUUCCAUGUCGAGUACCCAAAGGGCGACAAGACAAACAACAAUCAGACGGUCGACAUAUCCAAGUACUGUUCGGACCCAGCCGCAAAGGACUUUUCGACCAUCAUCAAGAAUAUGAACCUCGACUCGUGGCUCCAGACCUGUUGAUUGAGCCUGUACACCCUCUUCUCUCACUUGUAGUAUAUGGGAAAUCUUAUCUAUACGGCUCCAGUCAGCGAACACCGG